AUGGCUUCCAAUGGGACGUAUCACGACUUCAAGCAACAACGGCAACUCAACACCAAAAUGCAAAUCAACGCUCUUACUCUCCUCCUCGCCAACAUCCCAGGCCUCCUCGCCGCCUCCGGAGCCGGCCACUCCACCCGCUACUGGGACUGCUGCAAAACGUCCUGCGCAUGGAGCGGCAAAGCAGCCGUCAACAAGCCCGUCACGACAUGCGACAAGAACGACAACCCGCUGAGCGAUGUCAACGCCAAGAGCGGGUGUGACAACGGCUCGGCGUUUGCGUGUACGGAUAAUUCGCCGUGGGCGGUGGACAACAACCUCGCGUAUGGGUUUGCAGCGACGGCUAUCAACGGUGGUUCGGAAGCGACCUGGUGUUGUGCAUGUUACAAACUUACAUUCACGUCUGGCCCCGUGUCCGGCAAGACCAUGAUAGUGCAGUCCACCAACACGGGGAGUGACAUCUCCAACAACCAGUUCGACCUGAUGAUCCCCGGUGGAGGUGUAGGCUUGUAUGACGGAUGCUCCAAGGAGUUUGGGUCGCCUUUGCCUGGCGCGCAGUACGGCGGCGUCAGCUCCCGCGACCAGUGUUCCCAGAUGCCGGCCAAGUUGCAGGCCGGCUGCUUCUGGCGCUUCGACUGGUUCCAGAACGCGGAUAACCCGACCUUUAACUUUGAGCAGGUCAGGUGUCCGGGGGAACUGACUGCCAAGUCGGGCUGUGUGAGACAGGACGACGGUAGUUUCCCAGCUGCAUAG